AUGCCUGAUGAGCUGCGCCCGUGUCCCAUAGGAACGCCGGAGUACAGCCCACCAGAGUGGAUCCUCUUUGGCUGCUACCAUGGCCAGCCAGCCACCAUCUGGUCCUUGGGCAUCCUGCUCUAUGAGCUGGUCUGCGGGCACCUUCCUUUCCACACCAAUGAGGACAUCAUCCGGGGCCAGCUUUGCUUCCCCGCCCGAGUGUCUCAAGAGUGCCAGCACCUCAUCAGGUGGUGUUUAUGCAUGGACCCCACAGACAGACCAUCACUGGAGGACGUUUUUGAGCAUUCUUGGCUGCAGGAGCCCUGUCUGGCCCAGGAGACAGCAGAGAUGCAUCCCUGUGCACAGUAGGAUCCAGGAGCCCAGCAAGUAUCAGCAGCACGCGUCCCGUGGCGCUGGAAGAAAAGCCCGGAGCGUUUCCCUGCAGCUGCGGCGCGGAGGAGAGAGCACAGCCGAGGAGAUGCUUCCGCUGGUCCCCGGCGAGCUGUGGAGGGAACAGCUCUGAGCUCCCCAUCGUAUUGGAGAAGUGGUGGCAGUGCAGUGAAGGUGCCAUGGACUGGGACAGGGGAAACAUUCCCCUGCAUCUCAAUGGCAUUCUGGUGUCACCACAAGCCGAGGCACAGCCGGUGUGUUCUUCUGGAGGAUGACGUGGAGCUGGGAACACCAUCCUGGAGCUGGCUACUGGCAGGGCAGAGCCAAUGGGCUUUGGCUGCGGCCCCUACCUGGAGGACACGCUCUGCGCCCCGAUGAAAUCAAGAUGAGUCCCCAGCCGGCACAGGGGUGGGGGGAUGCUGGUGCUUCCAGGCAGGGCAGGGCUCGGCCUGGCCACGUGCCAGAGGUUCCCUGCUUGGCGGCGCUGGGGAAUAUUAAUUUUUCUGCCAGCCCCUGAGCUGCUUUUUGGCGGGACAGGGGACGGAUGUUGUGGAAGGGGAGCCGGCUGUUGGCCUUGCUGACAGCUUCUGCCAGCCAGCCUGGCAGGUGGUGAGGCGGGGGCAGCCAGCCUGACAAAAGCAUCCAUCCAUGUGGA